AUGGCUAAUCGUUGGGUCAGGCCCGAGGUGUACCCGCUGUUCUUUGCGGUUGGAGCUGCUGUUGGGAUCUGUGGGUUUUCUAUGGUUCGUCACAUGUGCAUCAACCCUGAAGUCAGGGUGAACAAGCAGAGCCGAGCUGCAGGAGUGUUGGAGAACUUUUCUGAGGGUGAGAAGUAUACAGAACAUUUGUUGAGGAAGUUUUCACGCAACAGGUCACCAGAGAUUAUGCCUGGCCUUAACAGCUUCUUCACUGACCCAAGUCGCAAUUAA